AUGCCUACUACACUAUCGAGAGCCGCCACUGUAUCUGCUGCAGCCGGUCCCAGCCGACGCAGAGGAAGCUUCACGGCUGACCGAACAGACACCCACAACCUCUUUGACAGGCACGCUCUCGACAAGCGAGUUUCAAGAGACGACCUCUCCCUCGCCCUCAAGAGCUCCCGAAAGGCCAACAACGUAACCGCAUUCCAUGUUCCCAUCCAUGGCCGACCACCGUCUCCCGACACCAGCCCCCGGAGCUCGUCACUAACACGCAUGACUAUGGUGCGGACCUCGACGCCGGAUUCCAUAGGAGACUCUAGCGAAACCGGUGUUAUUGCCAUCGGCAUGGCGAUAGGAAGCCCAACGCAAGUAGGCGAGUUCACGCCGAUCGCGGCGUGGAACCCGCAAAGAACCAACACCGCUGCAGCCGAGAUACCAGAGCCCGCGCCUGAACCUGUCGACGACACGCAGCAAAAGACGCGGAAAUGGGGGAUAUUUCGUUCAAAGUCGAAGCGAGCUGCCCGCCCGGCACAGCCUCAGCGAUCCAUGACGGACACGCCCAACGUAUCUACAACGUCACUUGCCUCUGGAGGCGCGGCGCAAGACCAGAGAAAGAUACCAAAGCACACGCCCAUCGUCAUACGGUCUCAGACAGAACCCGUACCGAAUGAGCCAGAAGUACCACCGAUACCAGCGGACUUGAAAACCCCGACAGACCUCAAGCCUUUGUCGCCAGGCAAACUCACAAAAGAGAAGCCAACAGGCAUCGAGAGGAAACCCUCAAAAGAAGUGAAGAAGGAGUCGAGUUCAUCAGGGGGUAUAGGUCGCAAGAUGUCAUUGAGAGCCCUUCGUGGUGACUCGGCGAGGAGAAGAGCAGAAAAGGCGGCAGCGGCAGCUCCUCCUCCUCCAUCACCUCCUCCAGUACCCCCCAUGCCCCAACUUACGGCUUCUCUGCUUGAUAUCGAGAUUCCCAGUAUAAAGAUGGAGCGAUAUAGCGUCAUGUUUAACGGCGUGCUCCAAACGCAGGCCACGACCUCGUCCGCUUCAUCGCUCCUUGCUCGGCGACAUGCCACAUUGGGCCGUCUCCAAACGAUUGGUGAUGGGGUUGCCGAGGGAUACGACGAUCACUCACGGCAACGGAGAGCAACUUCACCCCAGCCUUCACCGACCAUGGUAGUAGGCGCAGACACAUCGAAGCCGCUGCCUUCUCCUCGAAACCGAGCCCACACGUCCCCCGCUCUCAUAUCGCCCGUGCAAGCAUCUUUCCAGGAUGAGGUACAAGAAACCGCACAGGCACGAAUCGUUCAGGUCUCAAAGCCGUCUCAGAACGCACCGAAACUCGUCUCCAAGUUCAGCGUACGCAGAGCAGGCUCUUCUCCAAACAGGCGGAAUCUCACUCCUACUCGGGGGACAUCACCUGUGCCGCUCGUCUCACCUACCGCUCGUUCGAAGGCGCCUUCUCCUUUCACGCCCGACACCUCUAGCCUUAUCCUCGACUCUCCCGCGCAUACAGACGACGAGGCUUCAGAAGCCCGUUUUGUACGGGGGCACCCUCAAUUGUCACCCUCGGAACCUUCAUGGCGCAUGGUCUCCCCUCCAGCAUCCAUCACAUCGUCCAGCCCCGAAACCUCUAAGAAGCUCUCUCCUCCGUCAUCUCUAGCAUCACCGGAUACAAUCACCGUCAUCAGACCUCCAGAGAACAACCCUGAGGAUGCCCUCCGCAACGCCGUCGAGAUCUCCAUCGCCCGCCAAAUCAGCGUAUCGCAUCAGCAGCGCAAGAUGCUCCAUCCCCUGAAGAGCAACCCGAGCGUGAGGCGAAGAGGCGACAGUAACCCCAUGGCACCAGCCGGAGCUUACAUUCCCAUCGAGAAGAACGAGCGCCUCGCCGAGACCAAGACAGCAACUCCGGUGCUUGUGCAUCCUAGGGGGGAACUGGCCCACUCGCCAGAUACAUGGCAGAUGCAUCGGAAGAGUGAGAGGGUGAUUCUCGAGGGACCUUGA